AUGUCACCUAUUUUUGACUUCGCUCAUGCUUCGCCCACCGAAUCGCCGUUUCGCCGUGCCACUAUUUGCAAUGGAAGUCCAGAUUUGUGUACCCGUAAUUUUGGAAACGUUACCUUUGUCGGUGCCCAUGAUUCUUAUGCAGUAGGUACCAACAAUGUUACACAACAGUUGAACGACGGGAUUCGAAUGCUGCAAAUGCAAGCCCAUAACUUGAGUGGAGUCAUUGAGCUUUGCCACACGAGCUGUUCACUAUUUGAUGGCGGAAGUCUUCAGACUUACCUUACAACUGUGAAAGCCUGGCUAGACGCAAAUCCAAAUGAAGUACUUUCAUUGCUCAUCGUCAACUCUGAUACUUUUCCACCGAGUAGUUACGACACUGUCUUCAAGGCGGUUGGGCUUGACACGAUUGACUGGCCGACCCUUGGCAGCCUCAUCGAUUCGGGAACGCGAUUGAUAACUUUCAUGGACUCCAACGCUAACUUCAGCUCCGUUCCUUAUAUCAUUGACGAGUUCACUAAUAUCUGGGAAACUGCGUAUGACGUCACCACGUCAUUUGAUUGCAAUGUGAACCGGUCAAACGCCAACACCCCCACUGCUACAUCUAUGUACCUUAUUAAUCACUAUUUGGACACAUUGAUUCUUGGCCAACCUGCUCCAGACCCAAGUCAAGCUAAUCAAACCAAUGCUGUCACCGGUACAAAUUCCCUCGGUGAGCAGUUCGAACUCUGCGUUGGUCAACAGGGCAGAAACCCGAACUUCAUGCUCGUUGACUUCUACGAGUACGGUGGUGGGUCUGUGUUCGAAGUUGCUGCCACCGCUAAUGGCGUCACCUAUUCACCUACCACGCCCAUUGCAACUCCGGGAGGAACAAGUUCACCCUCAUCUUCAUCGAACUCCAGUCCGCCUAGCUUCAGUCGGUGGAGCUCGGUUUGGGUAGUCAUUGGCAGCAUAGCGUUCGGCGCCUUCUGCAUUUAUUAA